AUGCUAGAAAAUACACCCUUGCCGUAUCUUUAUUCGCCUAUCCAAGAUACACUGAUUACCGGGCUGUUUCUGAGCACGAUCUCCUUAACCAUCCAUCUUGCAGUCAAACGUCGCACUUCACUGAAAUUCACCGCGGACGACGUGCUAUUUGCGUCUUUGGAUGUUGACAAAGUCACAGUCUGUCUGCUCAUCUCUUGGGGGUUAUCCCUUGGUACUCAAACGGUUAUUUUAUAUGCCCUUAACCACGCUGGACUUGGAGUUCAUAUUGCUGAUCUUGCUCUAUCGACCCUUAACCAUUAUCAGAAAUUGUAUCUCAGUGCCAUAUGCCUAUUCAUGUCCAGCUUCUGCUUAGCAAAGGUUGCGCAGCUGUUCUUUCUAUACCGACUCACGGCGAAUCAAAGUCGCUUCCGUGCCAGCAUUUACUAUGUAGCCUGCGUCAUCAUCAUGGGAUCAAUUACGACCUCGGGUUGUCUGAUUUUCGCAUGUCGACCAAUCUCCAAGUCGUGGAAUGCAGCUGAAGAUGGGCAGUGCCUCAACCGCGGCGCAGUCUAUGUGGCGAUUGCUGUGCUAAACAUCAUUUCCGAUCUGACAUUGACAAUGCUUCCGGUCUCCUUGGUCAUAUCCUCGCAAUUGGUCUCCGCUCACAAAGUGCGAAUUAUUGCGAUGAUGCUGGUCUUUUUCAUAACCGUGAUAACGGGCGCGGUCCGACUGACAGUCACCAUUUCCCUUUUACAUUCCAGCGAUGAAACCUACGAUUCUGCGCCCGUGGCAUUGCUCGUUGGGGUUGAGGCUAAUCUGUUCAUCCUCACGGCGAGCCUUCCUGGGGUUCGGCAAUGCUUUCGCAUCAUUUCAGGCCAUUCCUACAGCCACCACAUCGAGAGUGCUUCCCUCACGGCCCUCGAUUGAGGAAAAAGUGUUAUGAUGCAUAUUUCAUCAUGUUCAAUUUGCAGCAGUCUGUAAUAGAUUUCUUUAGGUAGAAGCAGGGCCA